UGAGUAUCCGUGAAUGUGCGCAUCGUGUCUGUUUGAGCAUAAUUUAAAUAGGAUUAGUUUGGAGCAAAUUUAGAGCAUCGACCACCGUUUGCCCUUGAAAAGCAUAAAUUUAGCACUUGACUCGCUUAUUUUUAUCAUUGGUCGCUCUCACUUUUAAGCCAAUUGAUGAGACUAACCGCUCCUCCAUUCAGUACGUUUUCGGUGGUUGAACUGCGUGGUCACACGACCCCACGAAGUUCGGUGAUAUGAGGACCGUUUUCAUUGCCGUACUGUUUACAGUACAGAUAGUUAGUGUGGCGUUCGGUGCCAAUAUUCUAUGCCUGUUUGGAGUGGCCAGCCCGAGUCAUCACAUUUGGAAUCGUGCAAUUGUCGAUGCGUUGGCGGCCAAAGGUCACAAUCUAACGAUUGUAUCGCCCGAUGUAGAAAAUACUGUGGAAAAUAUUCACUAUAUUGAGCUGGAAGAAACGUACCCGGAAUUGUACAGCGGACCACACAAUGUUGAUUUGAUGGAGAUGGCAAACGAGAACGUCUUCAAAUCGGUGAUUUCAUUCUAUCGAGAUUUUGUGAUUACGGAAUGCCAAGGAAUUCUUAAGUCCAAAGGUUUAGCCCUAAUCAAAAACUACCCCGAUGAUUAUAAGUUUGAUCUUGUGCUCUACGACAUGACCUGUGGAGGCUGUAUGCAUGGGUUACUGCACAAAUUCAAGUAUCCUCCGCUGGUCAGUGUUACGCCCUUCAACAAUCCACCGUAUGUGACGGAAGUGAUCGGCGGUCACAAGUUCUACGCGUACACUCCAUUCUUCUCACUGGGCUACGGAUCAGAUAUGACGUUCUUCGAACGCGUCCAUAACACGUUGUUAUACACUGUAGACUUCAUAUACCGCAACUAUUAUUCGAACCCGGUUCUGGACAAAAUGGUCCGCGAAUACUUCCAGUACGACGACCUACCUUACGUUCCAGACUUGGACCGUCUCUCAAAGGUUCUUCUCGUAAAUGCGCACUAUUCAAUAGACUUCCCGGAACCGGCACCGCCGAAUCUCAUCCCAGUAGGUGGACUUCAAAUCAAGGAAGCAAAACCAGUUCCGGAUGAUUUGGAGAAGUUCAUCAACGCGGGAAGAAAGGGAGCGGUGCUGUUUUCACUUGGGACGAACAUUCGUAGUGAUGAGUUGGGGAAGGAACGUCAGAUCUUGUUGAUCGAAGCCAUGCGACAGCUAACGGAUUAUAACUUUUUGUGGAAAUUUGAGUCCGACUUGGAUUUGAAACUGCCGAAAAAUGUGAUGAUCAGGAAGUGGAUGCCCCAGAAUGACAUUUUGGCUCAUCCGAAAGUGAAAGGAUUCAUCACACAUGCGGGCCUAUUAAGCAUGCACGAGGCGUCCUGGCAUGGAGUGCCGAUGAUUGGGAUUCCGUUUAUCGCCGAUCAGCAUCGGAACAUCCAAAAGUGCAUCCGCAUGGGCGUCGCCGAGCGAGUAGUCUUCCAAACACUCUCCAUGGAGCAGGUUCGCGAUACGGUCCGUAAGGUGCUAGAAACACCCAGCUAUCGCAAGAACAUGGACCGCAUUUCAGUCCUGUUCCGGGACCAGCCGGAAAAGCCACUGGCGCGCGCCGUUUGGUGGGUCGAAUGGGCGCUGCGCCAUCCGGACGUUGAAUCUAUGCAGUCGCCGGUGCUCAAGCUGGGAUUCUUGCGAAGCAAUCUUGUAGAUGUGAUUGCAUUCUUGGUGUUGCUUCCAUGCGUGUUGAUCUUGGUAGUCCGGAAAUUGGUUUGCAAGGGACGUCGUGUCGAUCGCAGCAAGAAAAAUAACUAUAACCGUCGUAUCAAAAGCACAAGUCCGAUGAAGCAGUCGAUUUUGAUUCUGUUGUUCGGCCUAUCGAUAGCAGCCGUGAUUGAUGGAGCAAACAUUUUGUACAUUGCAGGCGUUGCAUCCAAGAGCCAUUUCAUAUGGAAUCGACCUUUAAUCUACGGCUUGGCAGCACGGGGUCACAAUGUGACGGCGCUGAGUUUGCAAGUUGAAAAUAAUCCUCCGGAAAAUGUGCACUUUCUUCAGAUGGAGGGUGUUUACGAGGCCAUUUUCAACGAUCCAAAAUCGGCGCAAUCCGAUUUCUUCAGCAUGGGCAAGAUGAGCCCAUUUGGGAUGCUGUUUGAGUUUGAAGAGUUUUGUGUCAAUUGUUGUCGGUUUAGUUUGAAAUCGAAAGGAUUUGCUGAGCUUAUGAACUACCCGGCUGAUUUCAAGUUUGAUCUCGUGAUUAAUGAUUACUUAGUUGGACCUUGUAUAUCGGCAGCAGCGCUUCACAAGUUCAAUCGGCCACCUUUGGUUUUGGUCACGGCUUAUAAUGGGAUCACGACGUCGACCCCGUUCGCAGGAUCUUUUGCAUACUCUGGUCUGGUUCCAAACCACGAGUUUGAUGCAACGGAAGAUAUGUGCUUCUAUGAUCGAGUCAUGAACUUUUUCUACAACACGUGGGAACAUUUACUGAAAGAGUGGUACACGUUUCCCAAAAUGGACGAACUGGUGCGUGAAAAGAUUCCUCAGAUUCCAUACGUAGCCGAUUUUAACAAACUUGCGCGUGUUGUCAUGCCGAAUGUGAACGCUGCAAUUCAAUUUUCGGAACCGUUGAUGCCGAAUGUAAUUCCGGUGGGAGGACUUCAGGUGGUUGAUUCUAAACCGCUCCCGAAAGAUCUUCAUAGCGUGAUGAACAGUGCCAAAAAUGGCGCCAUUUUGUUCUCGUUAGGAUCAAACGUUCGCAGUGAUACCUUGGGAACGGAACGCAUCAUGGCCAUCUUAGAUGCUAUGAAAUCUUUUCCCGACAUUCAAUUUUUGUGGAAGUUUGAGUCUGACACGCUUCCCGCGCCGGUUCCAAAGAAUGUGUUCAUUAAAGAGUGGCUCCCUCAGAAUGAUCUUUUGGCGCACCCUAACAUGAAACUGUUCAUAACGCACAGUGGCCUACUGAGCACUCAGGAAGCAAUCUGGCAUGGCAUUCCUUUAAUAGGGUUCCCGGUGUUUGCCGAUCAGUAUCGGAACAUCAACUAUUGCACCAAAGUAGGCGUGGCGAUGAGGCUCUCGAUCGUGAAGAUCGAUGCUGAGCAGUUGAAGGCUACUAUCCAUGAGAUGAUGACUAAUGCAGGUUACACUCAAAACAUGCAACGACUUUCCAAAGUGUUUCGCGACCAGCCGGAGAAACCGCUGGACCGUGCCGUCUGGUGGAUCGAGUGGGUGCUGCGGAAUCCCGACGUGACCUACCUUCAGUCGCAUGCCGUCGAAAUCGGUUGGCUGAAAAAGAACGCGUACGAUGUGUUGAUUUUCCUGUUUGUGGCGGUGGCGAUCACGAGUCACGUUAUCGUCGGAGUAACUUACAGGAUUGCGUGUAAAAAGCACAAUGGGGGCAAAAAGUUGAAGAAUAAACAAGCAUAAUUUCAAACAA